AGCGGCCGUCGCGUCGUGAGCGAGAGAGCAAAAAGGGUCGUCGCUGGCACACAGUUGGGGUUCGCCCGUUGGCCAUUGAUUGACUGUCCGUCGUUGGGUUGGUUUGGAUUGGUUGUUGGCUGCUGGUCCGGUGCGUGUGAGUGUGUGGUCCCCGGGGCGUGUGCUGCACCAAGUUUUGAACUCGUGACAGGAACCUGCCCGUAAAUCCGGAACUCCUCAAUAUGGCUGUGCUGCAAUCGAUGAUCCUGGCCAGUGUCCUGGUGUUGGCGUUCGUGGUGCACCAAGGUGAUGCCAUUCGGUGCUUUGUCUGCAACAGUGCGGAUGACUCGCAGUGCGCGUACGACGUCCCGCCGGCGGAAAUGCAGGUCGACUGCGACACGCUCAAGGACGGCAACAAGUACACCUUCUGCCGGAAGAUCCACCAGUCGAUCGAGUUCUCCGUCAACAACCUGCCCCCAGACACCAGGUUGAUCCGUAGCUGCGGCUGGGAUGAAUCCUCCUACAAGGGCAAGUGCUACCAGCGUUCCGGAUUUGGUGGCCGCCAGGAGGUUUGCGCCUGCUUCGAGGACAACUGCAACGGCGCCUCGUCGGUGCAGGCCACCCUGGGACUGCUGUUGGCCGCCGCCAUCGCCUUCCUCGUUCGUGCUUAAUCCGACGGCGUAUGUCGCCCGGUUAGGAGAAGUGUGCUAGUGUAGCUUUCCCAGAAAAAAAAGAUGUUUGAUUUUUGUCCCCGCCCUCCCUUCGAACAGUUUUUAGGUGCUGCAAAAGUUGAAUAAAAGCUAGCAAAAAUACAAACAUACUCACUCACACACACGCAACACAACCGCAGAACGAACGCGCGUAGGAAUUUUAAAAUCUCAUCAAAAGUUUAAGAAAAAAUCACGAUGCUAUAGUUUAAGAAGACAACCAAACAAAAAACCGUACUGGAAUUCAAGUAAACGUUCCAUUAGUUCAAACGAAAAUCAAAUUGAACCUUUGCAGAAAAUAAACAAAAAGAAACACUGUUGAAUAGUCAAUAGAUUUAGUUUUUUAAAUUGUAUUACUAGUACUAUAAAGCUAGGUUCCGAACACACAUUCGCUAUUUAUGAGAUAUUUUAAAGUGCAAGCUAAAUUUCCUCGAACCAAUCGGGGGAGUUCAAUUCGCAUGCCCCAAAACUCGUGCCCAUCCGUAACAAACCCGAGCAAUCCAAUUUCGUCCCAACUAAUUGAUAACGAAAAACUCUGUGUUCAGCGACGCCAUUUUGCGGUGGGCACGUGCUUUGAGCGCGCAAAAUGGCUACCCUCGGUUUUGGCAUGGCAAUAUUCCUUUGUAAAUACAGUAUCGAUGUACUCUACACAGAUGCGGAUGUGAGCGCGGGAGGGUUCAGCUUCAGGUUAAGUUUUUUGCAGCGAUCGUCGAGAUAUCUUAGAAGUGUUAGGAAACUACGUCGAUGGCUUCUUAAAAAAAAACUGAAUUAUUUUAAGACUCCGAAAAACAAGUUGAAUAAAAUUGGUGAAUUACACACACAGAAAAACCAAAAAAGAAGUUUCUUUUUCGCCCAUUUCUGAUGAGCUUUAUUUUUCAAAUUUGGAAAUACAAAUGUUCCAGAUAUCUUCACGUGAAUCAAACCAGUGCUGCCAUCAUGUACGAUUCUGUUGCAGAAUUUUUUGACACGAAACACACGCAACUAGUCAGUAUGAAGUACGCGAAAGCUAUUGUAAGUAGAUGGUAGACGCGUCUAUGAAAUAGAGUUUAUGAACAAUUGUCAACUGAAGAAACUUUAUAAAUAAUAGAGUAACGACAAAGAAAAUCGGAUAAAGGGUUUCUGUUAGUGAGGGGAGCUCGCUGCCACCUCUAGUUCAAUGGAAGUGAGCCCUCGUUAUCACCACACUACCCUAAUUUGAAAAAUAGUUAGCUAGCGUCAUGAUUUAGUCCCUGAUCUAAACUGUCUCCACCCAGAACUAGAUCGUUACUCUUGUUUUAUUCUCAUACAUUUGUGUGAGACGAGCUCCCGUCAAGCUCGGGAGGAAAGAGUAUUUUAUCGGUUCAGAUUGAUUUUUGGAAGAAAACCUUGAAAAAUGUUGUAGCCAGUUAGAAUUUAAACUAGUGUUAACGUAAGAACAAAAAAAUAAAUGAAAAAUAAACGAAAAAUUAUACUGCUUUAUACGCUGAUAAAAUCGAACUAAAAAGUAAAAUUAAAAAAAAAUAAUGUUAGCGAUAAAUUGAAAUUAUUUAAAUAUAAAAGAAAUAAAAUUUGUAAAUGUUCUGGCAACACUUGCCUCCUCCAGUUGAGUUGAUUAGAGGCGUCUACCUUUUUCCAAACUGGUGCGGCCUACUUCGACCAGAUAGGGGUGUCCAUGCGCAAUAACGGACCGAUAAAUUUUAUGCAAAUGUUUGCCAUUGAUCGGUUGAAGAUGCGUUUAUUGGCACCGCGAGCUUGUGAACAACUAAUUGUAAGCUAGAAUUUUUCCCCAAAAGAUAAAUUCAGUGUCAGGAAAUCGAUUUGGACGCUGGAGCGUUACAGCUUGUGGAAAAAUAAACAGAACAAAAUUGAGUUUUAGUUCUUCGAC